UGCGACGUCGACCAUGGACAUCCAAGAAACACCCGUAUCUCGACGGCUGAAAUCCGUCAAACACAUCAUCAUCGUCUGUUCAGGCAAAGGUGGCGUCGGAAAGUCAUCUGUUUCUGCUCAACUGGCCCUCAGCUUACGCGCCUCGUCGCCGACCGCUCGCGUUGGCAUCCUCGACGUCGAUCUCACGGGACCAUCGAUCCCGCGCAUGCUGGGUCUCGACGGGCAUGGUGUACAUCAAAGUAGUGACGGAUGGGUCCCCGUGUACGCUGAUACGCGUGGAGAUGGAGAGCCGAGACUGUCAUGUAUGAGUGUUGGAUUCUUGCUGAAGAAGAAGGGAGAUUCGGUCGUGUGGAGAGGACCAAAGAAAAACGCGAUGAUCAGGCAGUUCCUAAGUGAUGUGAGAUGGGGUGACCUUGAUUAUUUGGUAAUUGAUACACCGCCAGGGACGUCUGACGAACAUUUAUCGUUAUUAGAGCACCUUGCUCCCGUACACUCACGCCUAUCUGCUGUUAUUGUGACUACACCACAAGCUGUCGCGCUAAUAGAUGCAAUGAAGUGUCUUUCAUUCACUCGGACCGUGUCUCUUCCUGUCCUUGGGCUGAUCGAGAAUAUGAGUGGGUACGUCUGUCCAUGCUGCGGGGAAAUCAGCAACGUGUUCUCCACUGGCGGUGGCGAGGAGAUGGCUAGACGAGAAGGGCUGCCAUUCUUGGGAAGCAUGCCUGUGGACACAGAGCUGGUGACAUUGUUGGACGCUGCGGAGGUCGAACCAACGUCGAAUGAGAGCAGCGACAAGUCGUUUGAACUGCUGCAGCGAUACCAGAAGACGUCAUCUGCGAAUCUAUUCACGGCGAUUACACAGAAACUCAUUCAGACGCUACCCGGCGUGGAGCAAUCUAGCUCAGAGGCGAAUACGAGGUGACACAAGCUCGCUCCAGGCUGGCGGCGUUUCCGAGUCGGUCUUCAUUUACAGCUUGCAUUGAUAUAAAUUGUGAGGAUAGGCGAGUGUGUCGGCGAUUACGUCGGCGUGGACAAGGAUCCUCAUGUUCCGGCCUUCGCAGGUGGUGCACAAAACUAUAGAGUGAAGAGUAUCUGUACGCGUAAUAUAUACAGGAAUGAAAGGAUGUAUCAAUAGCUUUUUCAGACCUUUCCGCUCGUGGAUUCACCAGACCUAUGGCGCUAUAAUCCAGACGCUGAACCGCGGUCGCCAUAUUU